CAUGAAGUACUCUCGUACCUUCUUUUUCCUCUCAUAUUUUAUCUCUGAGUUGUUGUCGCUCUGAUUUUCUCUUUCAUUGUCGAGUGUCAAAAUCAAAUAGUUUCUAUAUCAAACCCAUAAUCACCCCCCACUCCUCCCAUCUUUUACCUCUCUUUUUUUCUCAGCCAUUUUCAUCCCCACCACUUCCCAUUAUAGAAAAUCAACCUCCCCCCCCAACCCCCCCAAAAAAAACUUCAUUCAUGGAACCAACCCAAAGCUACCAGCCUUCAAUGUCUUUCUUUUCAAACAUCCCUUCGUCGCACAUCGAAGACGAAUACGAACAAUUCGACGACCAUGAAAAGGAACCCAUGUUUGAAAAACCCUUAACUCCCAGCGACGUCGGCAAGUUGAACCGCCUCGUUAUCCCCAAACAACACGCCGAGAAACACUUCCCGUUGGGCGGCAGCGGUGGUGACUCGGUGGUCGAUAACAAAGGCUUGUUGCUGAGUUUCGAGGACGAGUCAGGCAAGUGUUGGCGUUUCCGUUACUCGUAUUGGAAUAGUAGCCAAAGCUACGUGUUGACUAAAGGAUGGAGCAGAUACGUUAAAGAGAAGCAACUCGAUGCAGGUGACAUUAUUUUAUUCAAACGACAUCGUCUCAAUGCUGAGAGGUUGUUUAUAGGUUGGAGGAGGCGCGGUGCCGCACUGGAUGGCGGGAACGCCGAGUUGGGAAAUAACAGCGGCGGCGUCCGCGGUGGUGACAAUGGUGGGUGGAGCAGUAGUAGAGGAUUGUAUCAAGGGAAUCCUUAUCCUGGGCACAUUCAAGGCCAAUGCCAUGGGGCUAACGUGCCAUACCAACAUGACUGUCUUCAUGCAGGAAGCAUGGCUGAAAAUCAAGGGCCAGGUGGGAACCCAAAGAGGCUAUUGCGGCUAUUUGGGGUGAACCUAGAGUGCCACCUCGAUGACUCCUCCGAGCCAUCCACGCCCGAUAGCUCGUCGGUAUCGAGUCAGGGUCCAACGUCCACCCACCACUUUUAUUCUCAAUCCUACACCUCUAACUACAUGGAUAUUGGUUUCUCAAGAGAUAUGAACCAGAUGAAUAAUCAUAGAGCAUAAAGGCUUUCAAGAUGUUUGAAAUCCAUGGAUUUGACUUAAUUCAACUUUGAAGGUCAAAAGAGUACAAAGAAAUGCUAAAUGAAUAUAUACGCAACUUGGAGACGAUGGUGGCAGUCUUGAGUUAGAUGCAUGACAUCCAUGUAAUAGUAUUUAUAUAUAUGUUCGAACGUAGCCAAAGCUUCUUUUUUUCAAGAAAUAGAUAGAUUUUUCAUACUC